GUCUGUGAAAUAUGCUCGGGCCUUUUGUAAAACACCAGAAAGUGAAGGAGCUGUCACUACAUGGGGAUGAUCGAGGCGAUGCUCUGAAAAGGGGGGCCCUUUCUGGAAUUAAGGUGUAAAAAAAGCGGGGAAAGCCAUCAGAGCGACCAUGUCGAAAGUUGUCAGUAACAAGGAGAAGAAAUCCUUUAGUAAAAAACUCUUCCGGAGAAGCUCUGUCCGCUCCGUUGGGAGCUUUAUGAACAGAGUUCUCCGGACUCUGUCGACUCUGUCUCAUUUCGGUACCGAGGAGCAGGCCGCCGAGGAUGAGAAGGACGACGCAAGUUUGAUCCCGACCACCACCGCAGGGUCAGUCCCGUCCGACGAUAGCGACUGCGGGGGUUUCCCUUUCGGGGACAAGGUGCCGGGUGUCGCCGGACUCAAGAACCACGGCAACACCUGCUUCAUGAACGCUAUCUUACAGUGCCUGAGCAACACGGAGCUCUUUGCCGAGUACCUGGCUUUGGAGCAGUUUAAAGGGACAGAGACGAGCAGCAGCAACGAGAAGUCCAAGUCCAACGGGCUGCUGGUGCAGAAGAAGGGGAGCCAGCAGCAGGAGGCUGGGGAGGUGACUGAGCAGCUGUCCGGUCUGGUUCGGGCUCUGUGGACCUUCGAGUACACACCUCAGCACAGCAGAGACUUCAAGAAUGUGGUUUCCAAGAGUGCUCUUCAGUUCAAGGGUAACUCCCAGCACGAUGCCCAGGAAUUCCUCCUCUGGUUGCUGGAUAGAGUUCACGAAGACCUCAACCAUAUCAUCCACCCUGACAUCAGACCCCCCAGGAAGCCUCCAGGAGAAGAGGAAAAUGCCCCUGAAGGAUCUCCACUACCAGCACCUGGAUCUUUUGUACAAGAGUUGUUUCAGGCACAAUACAGGUCCUCUCUGACCUGCCCUCACUGCCAGAAACAGAGCAACACCUUUGAUCCUUUCCUCUGCAUCUCACUGCCAAUCCCGGUACCUCACACACGGCCCCUGUAUGUGACAGUGGUGUACCAAGGAAAGUGCUCCCACUGCAUGAGAGUCGGGGUGGCGGUGCCUCUUUCUGGCACCGUGUCCAGGCUGAGACAAGCUGUGGCCCAAGAGACCAAAAUCCCUGCCCAACAGAUCGUCCUCACUGAAAUGUACUUUGACGGCUUUCACCGUUCCUUCUGUGACGACGACGACGACCUCGAGAUCAUUCAGGAGAGUGACUCCAUCUUUGCCUUCGAGACACCUGAGCUAUUCAGACCAGAGCAGAUCCGCUCCAAGCGAAGGAGCCCACAUGCAAAUCUCAACCAGAACAACCUGAAGUAUGGCACAGAUAAUAAUAGGAUAUCCACACAAAUACAAGAGCCGACGACCCCACCUCAGAGUCCCAAUAAAAAUAGUGGACAGGCUGAGAAGAUCGUCCUGCUGGUGUGUAACAGAGCCUGCGCUGGACAGCAAGGACGCAGGUUUGGUAAUCCCUUUAUUCUGUAUUUGGAGCGUACAGUGACAUGGGAUGUGCUUCAGAAAGAGAUCUUGGAGAAGAUGCGGCAUCUUUUGCGCCCUGGAGUCUUUGUGCAGGUAGGGCCCUUCACUUUGCGUGUGGUAGGAGUGGUUGGAAUCACAUACCUCUUGCCUCAGGAGGAGCAGCCGCUCUGCCAUCCCUCUGUGGAGAGGGCAUACAAGUCUUGUGGUCCUGGAGGGCCACCUCAUGUCAAAAUUGUUGUUGAAUGGGACAAGGAGACGAAAGACUAUCUGUUCAAAAGAACUGAGGAUGAAUACAUCCCAGAUGCUGAAAGCGUGCGUCAAGUAAAGGAGCAGCACCUGCAGCCUCAGACCUGCUCACUUGCCCAGUGCUUUCAACUCUACACCAAAGAGGAACAGCUUGCUCCUGAUGAUGCAUGGCGUUGUCCACACUGUAAGCAGCUUCAGCAGGGCAGCAUCAAGCUCAGUCUGUGGACCCUGCCAGACAUCCUCAUACUUCACCUGAAACGCUUUAGACAGGAUGGGGAUCGACGAAUGAAGAUGCAGAACAUGGUUAAGUUCCCGCUCGCAGGCAUGGACAUGGCACCACAUAUGGUAAAGAGGAGCCAGAGCAGCUGGAGUCUCCCCUCCCACUGGUCACCGUGGAGACGUCCGUAUGGGAUGGGCCGUGACCCAGAGGACUACCUUUAUGACCUGUAUGCAGUGUGUAACCAUCAUGGUACCAUGCAGGGUGGACAUUACACAGCUCACUGUAAGAACUCCAUAGAUGGACAGUGGUAUUGCUUUGAUGAUAGUGAUGUUCAGCCCAUACCUGAAGAUGAGGUCUGCAAGCAGACCGGUUACAUCUUGUUUUAUCAGAGACGUGCCACAAUUCCAUCUUGGUCUGCCAACAGUUCUGUGGGAGGAUCCACCAGUUCCUCUUUGUGUGAGCACUGGAUCAGUCGGCUAAUGGGCAGCCGUCCACCUAGCCAAGCCUCAUCUGGUUCCUCCAGACGCACCUCACUGGCCUCCCUCUCUGAGUCUGCUGAGUUUGCCGGUGAAAGGAGCGAGGAUGAUGGCUUAUCGAGCCGGCCAGCAGUAAGAGGCAUGCAAAGACAAACAUUCUCCUCAAGGUCUUCCAUUGCCAGCCCACUGGUGCUCAGUGAAAAUGUCACUAAACCACCCUGGCCCCACUCUGCUAAACUCCAACUCCGUUCCAACUCUCCCUCACGCUUCUCCCUGGAAUCCCACUCCUCCUCCACCACACUGGAGAGGAUAGGAGAGGUGGUUGAUGCCAAGCUGUCAGCCUCCUGCUGCACUGGGUCACCUAAGCCAGACAGAGCUUCAGGGGGCAAGUCGACCCUUGCAGCUUUGGAUAGUAAUCCAGGCAGUAAGAGGCUGAUAGAGCAGGUUCACUCCAAGAAUGUGGCACAGGCAGAGCAGAGGAGCUCGACCCAGGCUGGGGAUAACAACAAUGUAGUCACUGCUGCUGAACAGCUCAGUCCUCGACACGGGGCAACUGCAAAGGACCCGAAACAAAGAAAUGGGGCUGCAGAUAGCGCCAGUGUUAAAAGGACCUCAGCAAGUCCCAAGAAACGCCCUGCCACCUCCUCAACAUCAUCCAGCUCUCUGUCUCCCGCAUCCCCAGCUGUUGACAAGUUACCGUCUCGAACACAGACCAAGACAGGAGCAUCAGCAUCAACCCCCAAAGACAAAAGUGAUGGGCUGCCUAAAACUAGCAAGGCCGGUUCCUCGAGAACUGCAACCCCCUGCAAGAAAGGAUCAUCCCAAGCCCCGGAGGUAUUACAUUCUGACUCUGGCCAACAGAAGAAGAGUGGUUCUCCAGGAUUACAAAGCUCACACCCUCAGAGGAGGACAUCACCCAAAGGGGGAGGCGAGAAAAGCUUAGCCUCAGGAAGGACUAAAGCAGCAGACAGGAGCACUAGCCGGGAAUCCUCACGGACUACCGUGGUCUCAGAGAAGAAGGUUAACCACGGAGGGCCUCCCUCCAGGUCGAGUGCUGCUAGUAGAGCAGAGGUCAGGCCGGGCCGUGCUGUGGAGAACAGGACGGCAGGCCGGAGCUCAAGCAGUAGCUCCUCCAUGGCUAGUCUCCGAUCCUCAAGUGUGGGUGUUUCCUCUGCAAGCGCAGCCCCGCCAUCAAGAGGACCUCGUAGGAACAGUAAGACAGAAGACAAAGGUUUAUCCUUCUUCAAAACUGCUCUGAGGCCCAAAGAGACCCGGAAAUCAGCCGAUGGUGGGAAAGCAGGGGCGGGAGAGGCUAAAGCGAGUCCAGAGGAUGGUGGUGGCGGCGAUGUAGCUAGAGAGGGAAUCCCAAACGGUGCGAGCAAGAAAGCCCAGAAUGUGGCUUCAGAGGCCCAGAGUAAUGUGACCACAGCCAAAGACAAGGAGUCCUCUAAGGUGUCCGCUCCAGCUAAGCAUUCACUGCUGCCGUCCACAAGGUCCAAGCUUUCUGGAGCAGAAACGACCGGCAAGUCCGCUGCCAAUGCAAAAGAGCCUUCAAAGAAAGAGCCUGCUAAAAAGAUGAUGCAGUCCAGGAAGAUCCCCAUCAGCUCUACACAAACUAGCCACAAGGCCAAGUGACUUUCUUUUAAAGGCCUGAUAACAAUCUCUCUAGUGCAGCUCUGAGGUGUUUUAACCAUCAAACUAACAUCUUUAACGCACCCGUAGCUCUUCAGUGGUUACUGAAUACCAGCUGCCAUACUGGACACCUACUUUCCACGUUGUUAAAUAGUUAUUAAGGAAUGGAUUUUAACAAAGCACUUUGUAUGGAUUGCAUUGAUUUUGAGGAAUAUUAUACUGUAUUGUAAAUAAGCAUGGACUGCACAUGUAUUGAAAUGAUUGCCUUGUUCUGUCUGUAGCAUAGUUGGGAGAAGUACAUCUCAGUAGGAGGUGAAAAGGAAAAGUGACUUUGCACAAGGUGGAAAGCAGAUAUAAUAGUGGGAAGAAACUUUUGAGAUAUAUCAAACACAGACUUCUCAGUCGCCAAAGGAAGUUUACUGGCAAUUUUUAACAUGCUGAUGCAGUGAAACAUGGAAUUAUUUCCAAAAAUCUUCAUGUACAGCUCUCCGUGAAUAUUGAGAGCCAUAUGUAAACAAACAUCAGUGCCUCAGAUAAUCAAAGUGAAGUAUUUAAUCUCAAUUGUAUACCUGCAGCUGUUGGUAAAUUUAUAAUUCAAUUUUAAUAUUUAUUAAGCACUGAAAAUGUAAUUUCAAGUCAAACACAAUUAAGCCUAUUUAACCUGAAGCGCUGUUUACAUAUGCUCCUUGAUGUAGUAAUUGCGCGACAGCCUUUAAGAAGUAUUUUUUGUGCAGGCAGAAUCGAAACGUUCGAGAAGUCAGAAGGGGAAGAAAGUGCAGGAGUGAAGCAUGUGUCGUUGGUGUUAAAUGUCUGGAGACGUGAGUUUAUAAUGGUUCUUAAAAGUUUGUGUUUUAUUUACCAGUAAUGACCUGUUACCCCUCAGACAACCUCCCAUCCGUCGCCACCUCUGUCCUCCAGCUGCUGAUGCCAACACUUAAACUGCGGUGCCCAUGUUCCUCAUGGGGAUCAGCCUCUUUAGACUGCCAGACAUCUCCAAACAUUCCUCUCAGAUGAACACAGGGUUAAUGUAAAAAGCCACUAUACGCACACGUAUUCAAAGACAGACGGGAUGCCUUCGUUGAACGCACCAUACAUGUACAUAGAGCAUUAUGGUAUGUUUGAGUCCGCCCAUCUUCCGUCUUCAUGUCUGACUUCACAGCUUGUGCACAUCUUUAGCUUGCAUCGCAGAGUAGAUCAACACUGAACACACUGACAUAGACUGAAAAAAGAGAUUUUGACGUAUAUGACAGUUGUUGCAUGAUAAAUUUGCUUAUGCAUGCACUUAACUAUGCAAGCAUAUUCUUGCUAAUGCCCACAAUGAGUAUGUAGAAGUGCUACUUUUGGAUGUGUAUAUAUUUCUAACUGUAUAUUUUUCCAAAUGCCAGCAUCAGAGAGCAUG